AUGAAUUCUCAACAUCACCUUUUUCAAUUCAAGAUCACUUUAAUUGGCUCAAGACCUCCAAUAUGGAGAAGAAUUUUAGUCCCAAGCGAUUUCACAUUUGGAGAAUUUAGCCAAGCGAUUAUUGAUUCAAUGGGCUGGCUAGACUACCAUACACAUGAUUUUAAGUUAAGAAAUCCAAUAAAUUGAAGAAGAUGCACUAUUUCAAUGCAUUUCUAUUCCAAACAUUAUGAAGAAAACGAAAUAAUCAAAGAUUAUUUUUCUUUUCAAAACAUAAAUGCGAUAUUUACUUAUGACUAUGAAGACUGCAUGCAUGCAUUAAAAUAACGACACGUGCCACCAGCCCUCAUGGCACAGUAGCCUUGGCCUUAAUGUCAAGGAGAACUGGAACAGACUCUAAGCCAAGGAUCAAGUGCAGUAUCACCAGAUGUGUAUCAUUGGAAUCAAGCUUCUAUCAAUGGCUGUAGUAAGUCAGAAGAGCCCUUUAGUCUACCACUAAAGACUAAAACCCCAAAACAGCAAGGAUAUGACUUGCCGAUUACUCCUAGACCUGAUCCAUGAUAGCUGCAUCAAAGAUACGGCUAAAGCAUUUUCUUAAUAACCUAACCUAAUCAUGGAGAUUGAUGGGAACAUUUAAUCGAAUUCGAGGGUAUAUUUAUUCCAGAGCAAGGAAAGAAGUAUCCGAUAUGUUUGGAAGGCUGUAGGCGUUGCCCGCUGGAAGAUAGUGGAGGGGUUAGUGGAUAUGAAAAUGUGUUAGAAAUUUUAUCAGAUCCAUAUCAUGAAGAAUUUGAGCAAACGAUUGAUUGGAUACCUGAUGAUUUUAACUCAGAGUAUUUUUCAGCUGGUGAUAUGACUUCUUAUAUAGAAUAGUCUGUUGGCUUUUAAAGCUAAUUUUCUUUUCAAAGCUAUAAAAUAUCAAGGUAAUGCAUUAUAUUGCCUUUGAUGACCUUAUAGUUCAGCAAUAUUAA